GUCAUCUUAAAGUUCCAACCUAAAAAUUGUUGCAAACCUAACCCUAACUGUAAUCUCAAUAAUAGCAUUUUUAAAUAUAGUAUUAUUUGCUCCUACUUCAUUAAUAAAUGUUAUUUGAUCUGCUGUUUGUAUAAAUUGUAUUACUAGUAAAUGUGAACGUAACUGAAGAAUUACGAUGACUACGUCUAGUGAGGAAAUUUUACUACAAGUGCCACACGUAAGGUACAAAAAGGGCGACGGUACCCUAUAUUUAAUGGAUCAAAGGAUUGCGUGGAUGAUGGAAAAUCGAGAUACUGUUUCGAUUUCACAUCAUUAUUCAGAUAUCAAAACACAAAAGAUAUCUCCUGAGGGGAAAGCCAAGGUUCAACUUCAGGUAGUUUUGCACAAUGGUGUGUCCUCGACUUUUCAUUUUAUUAAUCGUAAUGGGACCCAAGCACAAGCAGCAGACAGAGAUCGGGUUAAAGAACUGCUACAAACCCUUUUGCCCAAGUUUAAGAGAAAAGUUGAUAGGGAGCUAGAAGAAAAGAAUAGAUUGCUAUCAUCCAAUCCGGCCUUACUUCAGCUCUAUAAGGACUUGGUUAUGACUGAAAUUGUUACUUCUGAAGAGUUUUGGGCUCAACACGCCUCUCAGUACACCAAGGCGCAGAACACACAGCCUCAAGAAAUUGGAGUCUCUGGGGCUUUUUUGGCUGACAUUAAACCCCAAACAGAUGGCUGCAACGGUUUAAAGUAUAAUAUAACUGCCGAUAUUAUCGAGUCUAUUUUUAAAACAUAUCCAGCUGUUAAAAAGAAAUAUAUCGAACAUGUUCCAUCAAAAAUGUCAGAGGCACAAUUCUGGACCAAAUUUUUUCAGUCGCAUUACUUUCAUAGGGACCGAAAAUAUGCCGAGAGUAAAGAUUUAUUUACAGAGUGUGGUAAAAUAGAUGAUCAAGAAAUGAAGAGAGAUAUACAAGACGGUGUUAAAGAUCCUCUCGUCGAUAUUACAUCGUUUGAAGAUAAAUCGCUCGACGAAGGUUACGGUACAGAAGUCGAAAAACUACCUGGUACCUUUGGGACCGUCAGUCAAGCAAUGAUAAAGAGAUUUAAUCAGCAUUCUAUAAUGGUACUUAAGGCGUCAAAAAAUAAAACGGACCAAACAUCUGACCAGAAUGGUCUUCAAGAAAGUUCAACUAGUGCCAAAGUGAAAGAUAGCAGGCCUGAAGGUGAUGAGCAUUUAAACAAAAAGUUGAGGAUUCAAGAGAAGAUAACGUAUGAGGACUUAGAAAUAUCAAACGAUAAGAGUGAUAAUUCUAAAAUACAGUUAAAUUUAUCAAAGGUUGAAAGGUACCUUCAUGGUCCAAUGCCGGGUGGUAAUGUUGAGCAAUUUUCACCCAAUGAAGCUGCCAUAUUAACGAGAGCUGUUUUACAAGAAACAAAACAGUGGCAAAAUUCAAGACAACCUAGCAAUAUUCUUGUGAAUCCAGCUGCUGCCGUAGGCGCUCUUGGCGAAUUAUCGCCUGGUGGAGCCCUCAUGAGGGGUUUUCAGGAGCAGUCCUUAGCUCAAUUGGUCCCAGCUGAUAUUGAAAAAGAAGUAAGACAUUUGUAUUUGUCAUUGUGUGAACUGUUGAGUCAUUUUUGGAAAUGUUUUCCUCCAACUACCCCCCAAUUAGAACAAAAAAUCGUCAAGAUGCAUGAGGCUAUUCAAAGAUUUCAUGCAGCCAAGUUAAAACCUUUUGAGGAUAAGUUGAUAAGGGAACUUUCCCCCCUCUCCCAUCAUCUAACAAAACAUUUAAACCAGUUACUUAAUGCCUCUUAUCAAAAAUUUAAUAAUUGGCAGAAGAUCAAGAAUAUUAGAUGACCUGUAAUUCCUGUAAUUAUUUUUAAUUUGUAGAUAAUUUACUUUGUCUUUAUGUAAUUUUCAUGUAUUAAUUUGUCAGUGCCAAAGUGGCGUGUAAUUGUGUUGUAAUUCUUAAUAAUUUAAUAAAAACUAUGAUU